GCGCCAAAAGAAAAAACUCUGAGGCAUCUCGUGACACAUUGCACCGGCUGCGAUGGACUUCCCCGGGCAUUUCCAGCACAUUUUCCAGCAGCUCAAUCACCAGCGCCUCCACGCUCAGCUGUGCGACUGCGUGGUGGUGGUGGGAGGACAGACCUUCCAGGCGCACCGCUCCAUCCUCGCAGCCUGCAGCUCUCAUUUCAGGGCUCUGCUCAACUCCAGCGAUGAGAUGGAAGGGUCGGGGGGCGACGGAGGCAGGGAUGGAGGUCCCAGUGUGCUGACCCUCGAUCCAGGCGUGGUAACCCCAGAGGCGUUCUCCACCCUGCUGGACAUGAUUUACACCUCCACCCUUUCUCUGGGGGCCUCCAACGUGAUGGAUGUGCUGCUGGCAGCAUCGCACCUGCACCUCAAUACUGUGGUGAAGGCCUGCAAGCUUCAUCUGGCCAGGAAAAACUUUCCUGCUGCACCGCCUAAAGGUUGGAGGUCAGUGCAACAGCAGCAGCAGACUACAUCCUCCCAGGCUGCAUCCACCUGCCAGCAGCAGGUCUCAUCGGUCAUGGUAGUGGACCUUGAUAAGGAGGAGGUGGGAGUGGAGGUGAGCCAGUCUGGCGGGGAUGAAGAAAGCGAGGUGAGAAUAAUCGACGACGAGCCGCCUGCAGCAGCGUCGCGACGGCGCAAGAGAAAGUCACAAGAGGACAUGUUAUGUGACCGGAAGAGAACCAGCAAGACGCCCGGAGAGAACUACAAAGAGUGCUCACCAACGGUGACCAGGAGUGUCUUCAGCACAGAGGAAGGACAUUUGUUGUCCCCAGAUUGCCUGAUGUCAAUAGACAGGCUGUGGGAAAACCAAGCUUUUGAUACAAACGAGGUGAAAGAUGAAGCAGAGAAGGGAGAAUCGGACGAAAUGCAGCUGCCCAGUCAAUCAGACAGCAGCGUAGGAGGCGCAGGUGUGUGGGAGAGUACCAACAAUACAGAUGGAGGCUUUGUGGUCAAAAUAAAGGUUGUCGAGGAAGAGACAAGAGAGUCAAAAAUGAACCUGAUUGAGGUGAAAACGGAAAAUACGAGUUUGUAUUCCUCAGAUUUAGACACAUUAACCAAAAGUUCACCACCGUUGCCUCUGCAGGACUGUACAGACAAUCUGGAUGGAAAUCUGGGUAAUGAGAAAAUGACAACAAUCAGCCCAGUGGAGGCUGAUGUUAGUUCUUUACAGACACAGCUAUGCACAGAUAUCCACACUGACGCUCAUAAAAGUCCUGGAGAUCUCGGUGAGGACUCAGUGGAUGGCGAGGGUCUGGAGAGCCUGUCAGAACUGGCCUUUACCUGCUUCCUCAAUCCCAGCAGUGAAAGUGUCAUGGGGGGUUUGGAAGAGGAGGACAGUCUAGCGAGCCUAACAGCUGCUGCUACCGCUGCUGCUGCUGCAAGUGACGCUCACGUCGUGUCUACAGAUCCAAGUGAACACAGUCAAAAAACAGAGGGAGCAAACACCCCCUCCGCACAGUCCUCCGAUUCCUCCUCGUCUCUCGUUUUUCCAGUAGCAUCUGUCCCUUUGCAGCAGCUUCUACCAGAACAAAGUCCAAAUUUCAGUGACACCAUCAUCCUCCAGCCAGCCCAGAACCCCUUAACAGGCUUCCUGAGUGGCAUCCGACCGGGCUUAACUUUAGAGGCUUCCCUUGUCCCUUCCCCCAGGGCCGGCAAAAGCUCUGGGGCGACGACGACGUUCCGUCGGAUCGCCCCCAAAGUUCCACCUGGAUCAGAAACCAGCACGGAUCCCUCAUCUGGGUCUACCGGAGACGCCGUGGACCGACCACCUCUGACACGAGCUUCAGAGGACGUGUUGUCCAAAUGCAAGAAAGCAGCUGCCGAGGACCACGUGUUGCUGGUGGAGGGCGAGAAAAAAUAUGCCUGCAAAAUUUGCUGUAAGACGUUCAUGAACUUGACUGACUGUAAGAAGCACAUCCGUGUCCACACGGGGGAAAAGCCCUAUCCCUGCCCCAACUGUGGCAAGCGCUUCAGUCAGUCUUCCCAUCUGUACAAGCACUCCAAGAACACCUGUUUAAACUGGAAAGACGACCAGUCCUUCUCAGACACACUGCUACUACCAGCUGACUUAGUUAAAGACUCAAAUUGACAUAUUUGCCCCCUGAAAAAGUGCUGUCUU